AUGUCACACUUGCCGAAUCCUUGGUGCACCCAAAAGGACGUGGAAGAGAAUGUGCCACUCGAAGAUAUCUCCACUGACCAGACACGUCCAAAACCAAAUAAUACUCCCAAUCCCAAAUAUGCUCGAACAUUCCACCCAUUCCCCAAACUCCCCACCGAGCUUCGCCUCCAAAUCUGGAGGUUAGCAGCAGAGUCAGCCUGCCGUAACAGAAAUGUCCACCGGGUGCGCUUAAAACUUGUGGCCGAUAUCUCUACCUCUCCAAAUCACAACAAUUAUGACUCCAAGACAUCCUCAACCUCUAGCACAAGGCCAAUCCUCCUCCCCACCCCCUCCCUCAUCCUCUCCACGCACGCCAGUCGUAACCUCCUCACCAUCUGCUCCGAGUCCCGUUCCGAAAUUCUCAACGGCCCCUCGGCCUCAUAUUUCUUACCAGACAAGCUGAUCCUCCGAACCCGAAUCCCAACCCCGACAACCGGUGGUGGUGGUCAAGCGCGUGAACGUGGGCGUGGGCGUGAGCGUGAACAUGAGCGUGCAGUGUGCGGAAUCCUCCACUGCAACCUCUCCCGAGACGUCAUCCUGCUAGAAAACAUCUCCUCCUCCGACGUCCUAGUCGAGAGCGAAACCGCCAUCAGGACACUUGGACAGCACCUGCUGGGUCCGUUGCGAGGCGUGGAGAACCUUGGGUUGGACUUUUUGGGCAGUCAAGGUAGCGUGGGACUUUCUUCCGGCUAUGAGUACAGUAGGGGAGAAAUGUGCGAUCUAGAGGAUAUGAUUGGCAAAUCGUCGAAAAACCAGGACGACGACUCGGAGAACAUCAACUGGUACAUGUACGGCGGGCAAUAUGCCGGUGAGUCAAAGUUAGACGAUGAUGACUGGUGGCGAAGGGUGGUGCCCUAUUACGAACUCUUGUGUUCGUUGGAGCAAGUUGCUAUCGGUCUGGAGGACAUGUUGCAUUUGCCGCCAACGCCAAGUUUCUUCUAUGAAGAAACGGAGUCGGGAUCUGGCGGGGCUGAAGAUUCGCCUGCCGAGGAGAUAUCUUCGUCAGGUUGGCUGCGGAAGGUGGUGCAUGUAGGGAUCUUGGGUCAGUUCGGGGGCCGAAGCUCCGGUUCUCGGAUGCUACCAGGUGUGGACGAUCUGGAAUGGGGGGGAGGAGGCGGUGGAAUCAUGAAUCCUGAUGGUUUCCAUAUCUGA